AUGGUCCCGGAAUGUCGAACUGGGGCAGACCAUGGCCCAAAAAGCCAGCGUGCGCUGAACUUUGCGGUGAAGGGUCAGGGCUUGGUGGGAGAUUUGCCCUUGCGGUUGGAAGACUUCCAGGGCUACUUGGACGAAGUCCUAUCUACGAAUCCAUUUGAAGGUAUGGACGAGCCCUGGGAUGUGCCACAGGUGGACUUGACGCUCCCGCGGGCCUUCAUUUUCCUCUCCCAGCGCCAAGCCCUUUAUGUUGCCCUUCGCACCCUGGCAUUGAAGAUGCAAAACCCGCAGUCCAAUGUGCUGCCCUCAGUCUCUUCGCAGAACUAUCCAUCCCCUGCAGCAGUGCGACUGGUGCGACUGAUGGGCGGCCAGCCAAGCCAAGAGCUGCCACCGGAGAAUCCCCACUCGGAGAUCGAGAGCAAGGCCAUCGAUGCAUAUGCUGCAUCUGGCUGUUGCUUGAGGGCUAUGACUUGGAUCCAAGAACAUCCCAUCUUUGAGACCGAGGUACCUGAGGCGAAACUCAAACCUUCAGCCUGCCCUGUGGUUCCACAUGCUUUCCAGUCGGCCUUAACCGAUGACAACUUUGGGAUCAGCUUCAAGUAUCCCAUCACCGCCACCCACAGUCUUGACGACCUCCAGGCAGGGCUUGACUACAUGUGGGUCCAGCGUUUGGAGCUCCCCAUUGACUUCUGCGACUCUUGGUGGUGUGUCUUGGCGACAUUGCCAAACAUGACAUUUGCGCAAGAUGAGAACGGCCAACACAUCAGGCUCACCUUCUUUGACGGCAAGAGGCUGGGCUGGACGGUGGAUGCCAUGGACUUCAGUGGCUUGAAGGGCGAGGUGAAUGAGGAGACUGCACCAGCAGGUGUGACUGGAUGGGAAGUGAGAAGGCGCUUCAAAGGCACUCUUCAUUUCGAUUGCACCAUCCACCUGAGGCAAUCCGAAGGUGGAAAGAUUGGGAAAGCUGCCGAAGCAGCAACGCGGAAGAUGUGCGAUGCUUUCGUUAAAGCGAUAUCGCGUUCGGUGGGUCCAGACUUUGAUCAGCACCUGAAGGUUCCCGUGAUGCGCAACAAAUGCGUUGGACUACGGCCUGACCCGUGGAUGCAACUGGAGGACCAGUUCCCACCCUACAGUGGUGUGGAUAGCAACGGGUUGCAGGGCAACAUCUUCAGCUUGUUGGCUUGGGCACAAGCGCUGGCCAUCGAAAACGGCGCCAGGCUUGGAAGAAAGGCAUGUUUCUGGCGGCAAAAAGUUGACGCACUGCUGUGGUGUCCUCACGAUUCCGUGAUAGCAGCUGUGAGAGGUGGCAAAAGUGGGCCAGAUACCAGGGCAUCUCUGGACACGGACGUCUUUUGGUCCCAGCACAAUGUGUCGCUACGGGAGGUUGGUGUUCGGCCCAAUGUGUGCCAUUUUGAAGCCAGUCGCUGGGUGUGGAACAACAGCAUGGAUGAGGAGCAGACCAACUUUUGUCGGGGUGCCUGGGACGUCCCAGAGGUGUACUCUCCAGAGGUGGAGGAUUUCAUGUCGCGGGACCGGCCUUGGAGUGUGGCGGUGGACAUCGCCGGAGCGCAGUACGGCGGCGGCUGCAGCUCUGCGUCGGGGCAAACUUGGGGCACCCAGGAUGAAAGUACGCCCGUUUUUUUCCCUGAAAGUCUGGCCUUGGGUUUUCACUCGACCGGAAGAUCGCUUGGAACUGGCAGGACGGCUCUUUUGUUCCUCGGUGUGCGCCGCUACUUCAGCGGCCAAAGCGGAUCACACGGCAAGGCGUUCUUUGUCCCAAAGGAUGGACAGACCCACGCAUGGUCGCUAACCUCGUGGGCUUCGAAGAAAAGCCCAGGGCAGCUGGGUGCUCCCAUCCAGGGAGGGGCUUUUCAGGCCGAGAGGUGGAGACGGCUGCGAGGAAUUCAACGACGUCAGGCCUCUGAUCUUGAUGAGGCUUCAGAAGCCGAGGCAAAGGCAACCGUCAUGAGCACCACAGUGAGUCUUGCCAAAGGCAUGCUGGGCAGCGGUGCUCUAUCACUCUCCGCAGGGGCUGCAGCUUUCACCCAGAGCUCGCAGGGGCUGCUAGUGGCUACGGUCAUAAUCAUCAGCAUGACUAUGCUCUCUGGAUACACUUUCCAGAUGGUGGCGGAGAGCAGUGCUGACACGGGAGCAGCCGACUUUGGAAACACCUGGGCGGCCAGCGUGGGUGAAUCCAGCGCGUGGCUUCCGCGCUUGGCAGUCGGCAUUAUGUCCUUCACCACCUGUACUGUCUAUGCGAUGAUUCUAGCGGAUUUGACCUCCUCCAUUCUGCAGACGUGCCUGGCGACUGUCCCCAUGCUAGGCGCUCUCAAGCCCUUUUGCGCCCGGACACCGACCCUGAUCGGUUUGACGUGCUUUAUCUUGCUGCCACUUUGUUUGGCCGAAGACUUCUCGAGUUUAGCUUUCACAUCCACACUGGGGCUGGCGGCAUGUGCCUAUCUUGCUCUUUUCUCCAUUUGGAGGGCUCUAGAUGGCAGCUAUCUUCCUGGAGGCAAGUUCUUCAAACUGGCGCCAUAUCAGCCGUCUCCGCUUAUGGGCGCCAGUAAGCUGGAUGACAUCGUGAAUCCGCGGGCAUUGAUUUUCCUGUCCAAUAUCAGUACGGCGUACAUGAAUCACGGCAUGGCUCCUGCAACAUUCCAGGAGUUGAUCCGAGGAUCCUCCGGAACAUCUUCCCAAGGUCUCAGACGCUAUGCAAUGGCUGUGCUGGGAGCAUUUGCUCUUGCCGGAUUUGUUUGCACAGCGCUGAUGGUGGCAGGACUCUACACUUUCGGAGGGAACGUGAACGGGCUCUUGCUGUCCAACUACGCUGGAACAGACCUGGCAGCUGCGCUGGGCAAAAUGGGGGUAUUGCUGAGUGUUCUCUUUGGCUUUCCGCUGAACUUCCUACUUCUUAGGAAUGAGGCUGCAGCCAUCCUCAGCCGCGGCCGUGACCCGCUCGAUGCGAAUCAGCGACGCUUGCUGUCCACUGGCUUGCUGAUGGCAACUUCAGCUCCAGCCAUUGUCUUGAAGGACAUUGGUGUGGUCCAAGCUGUGCUUGGAUCUAUCUUUGGCAGCUAUUUGGUCUUCAUUGCUCCGGCUGCAAUGUCGCGAAGCUUGCGCAACCAGAAAGGUUUGGUUCGAAGGCGCCGUGCGACGCUUGAAGUUGUCCUGACUUUGCGCCCUUGCUGCACUGAUACCAAUUGCUGGGCAUAUUUGGGCAUUAAAAAUGUCUGA